AUGAAAUACGUCAAUUUGGGUGAAAGUGGUUUAAAAGUUUCUCAACUUUGCUUGGGUUGCAUGAGUUUUGGAUCUUCCAAGUGGAUUCCUUGGGUUUUGGAAGAAGAGGAAUCAUUGAGAAUAUUGAAGAAGGCAUGGGAUUUGGGCAUCAACUUUUUCGACACUGCCAAUAUUUACAGCAAUGGAGAAAGUGAAAGAAUUUUAGGCAAGUUCAUUAAGGAAUUCAACAUUUCAAGAGAGGAAAUUGUGGUUGCUACCAAAGUUUGUGGACCAUUGGAUCAUUCUGGUGAACAAAAACUCAUUAUGAAUAGUAAUCAAGGUAAACCAAAUACUAUGGGUCUUUCCAGAAAGCACAUUAUGCAUGCAGUUGAGGAUUCAUUGCAAAGAUUGGGUCUUGAUUACAUUGAUUUGUACAUUAUCCAUCGUUGGGAUGAACAAACACCAAUUGAAGAAACUAUGGAAGCUCUCCAUGAUUUGGUUAAAUCUGGAAAGGUCAGAUACAUUGGUGCCUCUACUAUGUUUGCUUGGCAAUUUUCCAAAGCUCAACAUUAUGCUGAGAAGAAGGGAUUGACUAAAUUCAUUUCCAUGCAAAAUCUGUACAAUCUCAUCUAUAGAGAAGAGGAGAGAGAAAUGAAUCCAUUGUGUGUUGAUCAAGGUGUUUCACUCACACCUUGGGGACCUCUUUCUAAUGGAAUGUUAGCUCGUGCUCAUGAAUUUAGACAAAAUACUGAUAUUGUUCAAACCAUAUUUAAGGGCAAUUUGACUGAAGGUGAUAAGGAAACUUUGAGAAAAGUUUCUGAAAUUGCCAAGAAGAGAAACGUUUCUCCAGCUCAAAUUGCACUUGCUUGGUUACUUUCCAAACCUGGAGUUGUAAGUCCAGUAAUUGGUGCAACAAAGGCCAUUAAUGUUGAGCUCAAUGUUCAAGCACUGGAAAUUGAAUUGACUGAAGAGGAGAAGAAGAUUUUAGAAGGAGCCUACUCUGCAAAGGAAAUUCAAGGAAUGUUCAAAUUAAAUUAA